CCCCAGGUCUCAGAGCUGGUGCAGUUCCUGCUGGUCAAGGACCAGAAGAAGAUUCCCAUCAAGAGGGCAGACAUCCUGAAGAAUGUGGUCAGGGAGUGCAGAGAACUCUACCCUGAGGUCCUCAGACGGGCAGGGAGGACCCUGCAGGAGGUGUUUGGGCUGCAGCUGGUGGAGCUGGACCCCAGGCAGCACAGCUACAUCCUGACCAGCUGCCUGCCCCCCGACGGGGCUGAGGGGCUCUGGGGGGACCCCCAGAGAGCCAAGCUGGGGCUGCUGAUGGUCAUCCUCAGCUUCAUCUUCAUGAAGGGCAACUCGGCCAAGGACACUGCCCUCUGGGAGUUCCUUCGCCGCCUGCGGCUGUACCCAGGGGAGCACCAUGAGGUCUUUGGGGACCCCAGGAAGGUUGUGGCCGAGGAGUUCGUGAGGCAGAAGUACCUGGAGGUCAGCCCCAUCCCCCUCACCGACCCUCCCGAGAGCAGCUUCCGCUGGGGGCCCAGAGCCGCCCGGGAGACCUCCAAGGGGGCAGUGCUGCGCUUCGUGGCUAAGAUCCAGGGCAAGGACCCCAAGUUCUGGCUCAGCCAAUACAAUGAAGCGGAGGCUGCCCCCCGGGACCCCCAGCACUGAGCCCCAUUUGGGGAGGGGUCUCUUC